AUGUCGGUAACAAAUUCAAGACUCAAGGAUAACAAUUUGGCCCUUUCACUUUUAAAAGUGUACAGGUCCAACAGAUCACUUCUUUUAAACACGUCAUAUAUCAUUCUAAUAACUGCUGCGUUUUCGGGUGCUGCUAGUACAGGAUCAUCUUCAGACAAGGCAAAGGAGAAAUCGCAACAGCAACAACAACAAGUGGAAGGAUCAUCAUCGCUGAGUGAGAAAUCAGCCCAUCCAAAACUUACUCGCCAAGCAUUUGAUCGGUUGUUUCAUGCUAUAAUACCUACAUACCAUGACAAGACUGUGGCUUAUUUCAUUGCUCAUUUGGUGUUGCUUGUAACUCGUGCUUUCUUGACAUUGAAAGUGGCAACUUUGGAUGGUCAAUUGGUGGGUGCUUUGGUUUCGAAAAGACUAAAGGUGUUUAGUAAAUACCUCUUGGCAUGGAUGUUGAUCGGGAUCCCAGCAUCGUUGAACAAUGCGUUGUUAUCAUGGACGAGACUGAAUAUGAGAAAAGCCAUUAGGGAAAACUUGAAUAACUCCAUCUUGAAGGAUUAUUUGCCGGAUAACUUGGAUACAAAUUACUACUCGUUGAUCCACUUGAGUGGCAACAAGAUCACUGAUCCAAAUCAAAGAAUCACUACCGAUGUAUCAAGAUUGGCUUCUGCAUUGAGUAGUUUACCUGGACAACUUUUGAAACCAACAUUGGAUUUGGUGUUAUGUGCUCGUCAAUUGAGCAAGAGUGGGGUCGGAAAUGGUGAAGGUACACUUGCCUUGGGAAUAUUGGCCCAUUUCUCAACCAUGAUUAUUCGUUUUUUCUCACCACCAUUUGCAAAAUUAGCUAGUGAACGAGCAAAUUUAGAAGGAAAGUUGAGAUCAGCCCAUUCAAAGAUUGUUUCCAAUAACGAGGAAAUUGCCUUUUUACGUGGUCAUUAUCGUGAAUUGGACUACAUUGAUUACUGUUAUUAUACAUUAGAGAGGUUUUCUAAACAAGAGUAUUGGAAAAAGGGUAUACAUGAAAUUGCACAAACGUUUAUUGUGAAAUAUUUCUGGGGUGCUGCUGGAUUGGUAUUGUGUUCAGCACCAAUUUUCAUCGCCAAGUAUCUUGGUGAAGCCGAUGAUGAUAAUGCUGCUGGAAAAUUCAUCACCAAUAGAAGGUUAUUGCUUAGUGCUUCUGACUCAUUGGAUAGAUUGAUUUAUGCAAGGAGGUACUUGCUACAGAUUGUGGGUCACGCAACAAGAGUUUCUGAUUUCCAAGACACCUUGUCGGAUGUGGCGCUGAGGAGGAAAGACAUCACAUCAAAUGUCAAAUUCAACAAUGAUGAAAUCGUAUUUGAUAAAGUCAGGUUAUUGACGCCAGCAGAUGUUACACUUAUUGCAAGUUUGAGUUUUUCAAUCAAAUCAGGUGAUCAUUUAUUGAUUGCCGGUCCUAAUGGAUCGGGUAAAUCUUCUUUAUUUAGAAUGCUAGGAGGUUUAUGGCCAGUGAAGGAAGGUACAAUCACCAUCCCGACAGCUGAGAAUAUGUUUUAUAUCCCACAAAGGGCUUACUUGUUACAAGGUUCCUUAAAGGAGCAAAUUAUUUACCCUCAUUCACUUGACCAACAAAAGAAAUCAGAUGACGAGUUACAAUCGAUAUUACGGGUAUUAAAAUUAGAUGACUUUGUCAAUCAAUUAAAUGAAGUAAAGAACUGGGAAGAGGAAUUGUCAACUGGUGCUCAACAACGUUUGGCCAUGGCAAGACUAUACUACCACGAACCCAAAUUUGCCGUUUUAGAUGAAUGUACAUCAGCAGUUAGUCCCGAUAUGGAACAAUUCAUGUAUGAGCAUGCUCAAAGUUUGGGAAUCACAUUGUUAUCAGUUGCUCAUCGACCAGCAUUGUGGCAUUUCCAUAAAUACUUACUCAAAUUUGAUGGUAAAGGUGGAUACUUUUUCGGUAAAUUGGAUGCUGAAAAGAGGUUGAAAUUGGAAAAGGAGAGGGUUGCUUUGGAAAAAGUGUUGCGUGAUAUUCCUGCCUUGAAGGAGAGAUUGGCUGAGUUGAAAAAUGUUUCGAAAUUGCAGCAUCAAAGGUAUGAAAAAAAGGCUAUCAAGUUAGGUUCGUCGUAA